CCGGCUGCUGGAGGCCCCGGGCCGGGCCCGCGCCGCGAUGGCCCUGGUGACCCUGCAGCGCUCUCCCACGCCCAGCGCCGCGUCGUCCUCCGCCAGCAACAGCGAGUUGGAGGCUGGCAGCGAUGAAGAGCGGAAGUUGAACCUCAGCUUGAGCGAGAGCUUUUUCAUGGUGAAAGGAGCGGCGCUCUUCCUACAGCAGGGAAGCAGCCCUCAGGGCCAGCGGAGUCUACAGCACCCUCACAAGCAUGCAGGUGACCUGCCUCAGCACCUUCAAGUGAUGAUCAACCUCCUACGCUGUGAAGACAGAAUUAAGCUGGCCGUGCGCCUAGAGAGCGUCUGGACCGACCGUGUCCGCUACAUGGUCGUGGUGUACACCAGUGGGCGCCAGGACACCGAGGAGAACAUUCUGCUGGGAGUUGACUUUUCCAGUAAGGAGAGCAAAAGCUGCACCAUCGGAAUGGUACUUCGCCUGUGGAGCGACACCAAGAUCCACCUCGAUGGGGAUGGCGGCUUCAGCGUGAGCACGGCAGGCAGGAUGCACAUCUUCAAGCCCGUGUCUGUCCAGGCCAUGUGGUCCGCCCUGCAGGUGCUUCACAAGGCCUGCGAAGUGGCUCGAAGGCACAACUACUUCCCUGGGGGCGUGGCGCUCAUCUGGGCCACCUACUAUGAGAGCUGCAUCGGCUCCGAGCAGAGCUGCAUUAAUGAGUGGAACGCCAUGCAGGACCUGGAAUCCACGAGGCCAGACUCCCCAGCGCUGUUUGUGGACAAGCCCACUGAGGGGGAACGAACUGAGCGUCUCAUUAAAGCCAAGCUCAGGAGCAUCAUGAUGAGCCAGGACCUUGAAAAUGUGACGUCUAAGGAAAUCCGCAAUGAGCUGGAGAAGCAAAUGAACUGUAACCUGAAGGAGUUCAAGGAGUUCAUCGAUAACGAGAUGUUGCUCAUCUUGGGCCAGAUGGACAAGCCCUCCCUGAUCUUCGACCAUCUUUAUCUUGGCUCCGAGUGGAAUGCAUCCAAUCUGGAAGAACUGCAGGGCUCAGGGGUUGACUACAUUCUAAAUGUCACUAGAGAAAUAGACAAUUUUUUCCCUGGCUUGUUUGCAUAUCAUAACAUCCGAGUCUACGAUGAGGAGACCACAGACCUUCUUGCCCACUGGAACGAAGCGUAUCAUUUUAUAAACAAAGCGAAAAGGAAUCAUUCCAAGUGCCUGGUCCAUUGCAAAAUGGGCGUCAGCCGAUCCGCAUCCACGGUCAUAGCCUAUGCGAUGAAGGAAUUUGGCUGGCCCCUGGAGAAAGCGUAUAACUAUGUCAAGCAGAAGCGUAGCAUCACACGGCCCAACGCAGGAUUUAUGAGACAGCUGUCUGAGUAUGAAGGCAUCCUGGAUGCAAGUAAGCAGCGGCACAACAAGCUGUGGGGCCAGCAGCCUGCCGAGGACACUGCAGCGGAGCCCAGCCUGUUCUUGCCGGAGACCCUGGACGACACCCUGGAUACCCGGCUGCCAUGCUUGGAGGAUACCACCCAGCCGGGGCUCCCGGGAAGCCAGGCCCCGGGAGGACCCUCUCUCCCCUGUUGUUUCCGGAGACUCUCGGACCCCCCCCUCCUCCUCCCCCACCACGAUGACGCAGGCGGCCUGGUCCACUUAGAGGAUCUUGAGAGGGAUGCUCUGUUGGAGGAUACGGCUCCGCCCGCGGAGGUGUACAAGCUGGUUCAGCAUCCUCAGGAAGGUGCCAGGCUCUGUGAAAAGGACGUAAAGAGGAAACUGGAGUUUGGGAGCCCCAAAGCCCGAGGUGGCUCUUUGCCACAGGUGGAGGAGAUGGAGAAGGGGGCUGGCCAGAGAGCAGGCAGGUGGAGGCGGGCCUCCACCCAGCUCGAUAGAAGUUUGCUUGACCAGGAAAACCUAAAUAACAACAACAGCAAGAGAAGCUGCCCGGAGGACUUUGAGCGCGAUGCUGUGUUUGGGAUCCUCAGUAAAGUGAAGCCUUCCUACACAUCCUGUGCUGACUGCAUGUACCCCGCGGCUGGUGGGGCUCCUGAGGCCUUUGUGGAACGGCAUGAAGACCCCGGUGCACCUGCCAUCUGCACCCAGCCAGCCUUCCUGCCCCAUGUUGCAUCCUCCCCGGUGGCCCACACGAGCAGCAGGUCCCAAGCUUCAGAGAGGCUGGCCUCUGGUCCGGCCAACACCCCCCCAUUCCUACUACCAGCAGGCUUGAGGAAGCCAGACGUCACCGUCGGUGGAUCUGCAGCUGGGGCUUCCCCAGAACCACCACCGGCAAGCCUUCUAGAGCCUUCCAGAGAAACCUCCAAAGCCCUUCCAAAGUCCCUCCUGUUGAAGAACUCUUACUGUGAUAAGCACGCUGCCGCCAGUGGCGUGGAAACGGUGAAGGAAGAAUUGCCAGCUAAGAAAGACCCGAAGCCCGCAAAGGACCUGAGGCUUCUGUUCAGUAACGAGGCGGAGAAGCCGACCACCAAUAGCUACCUAAUGCAGCAUCAGGAGUCCAUCAUCCAGCUGCAGAAGGCGGGCCUGGUCCGAAAGCACACCAAAGAACUGGAGAGAUUGAAGAGCGUGCCUUCAGACCCACCAUCCACCAGCAGGCUGGAGGCUAGCAUCCCCGAGGAGGGCCAGGAGCCUGGACACCCAGCCCUGUGCAGCCAAGCAGGGACUGAAGAGAAGCCUCCAGAAGGAACCUUGGUGAAGAGCCCUACGCCUACCCUCCUCCGCCUAGAUCACACCAGUAACUUCUCGAAAGACUUCCUGAAGACCGUGUGCUACACCCCCACCUCCUCCUCUAUGAGUUCCAACCUGACCCGGAGCUCCAGCAGUGACAGCAUCCACAGCAUCCGAGGGAAGCCCGGGCUGGUGAAGCAGCGGGCGCAGGAGAUCGAGACCCGACUCCGGCUGGCGGGUCUCACUGUGUCAUCCCCGCUGAAACGUUCCCACUCCCUGGCCAAGCUGGGAAGUCUCAACUUCUCCACGGAGGACUUGUCCAGCGAGGCGGACACCUCCACCAUCGCCGACUCGCAGGAUGCCAAGUGUGCACACUCUUCCUUCUCGCACGAACCCCAGGCUGCCCCGAAGGACCCCACUGCAGCCUGUAAACCAUCAGGGAAAUCUGUCCCAGAACACUUGAAAGGCCUGUCGAGGAUGAAUAAAAGCUGACCCAGCAAGCAUUCCGCCGCAUGGGUUGAGGUUUCCGUGGUGUCCUGAUCCACCGCCACUCGCCACUCACGUCUUGAUUUGUGUUAACUUCAGUCAUCCAGGCUUUCCUCACUCUUGCCAAAGAGAAGGGGGGAGGAACAGAAGUACCGUAG